UUCACGCUUUAUCCGCCGUCGUUUUAACGAUCCACUCUUUACAAAAUGUUCUCAUUAAGAGCAGCCGCAGCUUUGGCGGUUAUUUGUUUGGCCAUGGUCAUAGCUGACUGUUCAGCAACCGAAGAACUACUGUCGUUGUUACCAGAAAACCCAUUCUUUCCAGAUAAUUGCAAACCUCUUAAAUUUCCGUUUUCAUACCCUUUGCCACCUCUUAUCAACGACUUUCCGCUCCCAACUAUAUCUUCCAUGUUACCUUUUCCUUUUUCCGAACUAGAUAAAUCCAUUUCACCUCGCACAUCCACACCAUCAGAAACACUACCACCAACCGUACCAGAAUCAAUUCCUGCAGAAUGAAGACACUUACUAAGACUCGUCUCCAACAGUCACCGCGACCUUAUAAUGAACGCUUCGCCAAUUUUAACCAUCAAGUUUAUAAUAUAAUAUUAAUUCCAGCAUUGACAAUUGCAUAUUUUAACUGAUUUUUGAUUAUACUUUAUGAAGUUGUGUACACAUUUUUUUAUUAGC